GAGCCGCAGUUCCGGCGCCGGGUGGCGAGAGGCGGGCCCCGCAGACCCCGGCCCCGCUGCGUCCCACUGUGGUUAGGGGCGUGCUUGGUCAGAAUGGCAUCAGGAUGGUUUUACCUGUCCUGCCUGGUGCUGGGGUCCUUGGGCUCGAUGUGCCUCCUCUUCCCUGCCUACUGGAUGCAGUACUGGCAUGGUGGCUUUGCCUGGGACGGCAGCAUCCUCACAUUCAACUGGCACCCGGUGCUCAUGGUUGCCGGCAUGGUGGUCGUGUAUGGAGCUGCCUCGCUGGUGUACCGCCUGCCCCAGGCGUGGGUGGGGCCCAAGCUGCCCUGGAAGCUCCUCCAUGCUGCCCUUCACCUACUGGCUUUCGCCCUCACCGUGGUGGGGCUGGUUGCUGUCUUCAAGUUUCACAACCACAGAAAAAUCGCGAACCUCUACUCCCUGCACAGCUGGCUGGGCAUCAUCACCGUGUUCCUCUUCGCCUGCCAGUGGUUCCUGGGCUUCGCCAUCUUCCUCCUGCCCUGGGCGUCCCUGUGGCUGCGCAGCCUCCUGAAACCCACCCACGUGUUCUUUGGAUCUGCCAUCCUCUCUCUGUCCAUCGCAUCCGUCACCUCCGGCAUCAAUGAGAAGCUCUUCUUCAGUCUGAAGAAUGCCACCAAGCCGUACUCCAGCCUGCCAAGUGAGGCCGUCUUUGCCAACAGCAGUGGGAUGCUGGUGGUGGCCUUUGGGCUGCUGGUGCUCUAUAUCCUGCUGGCAUCAUCUUGGAAGCGCCCAGAGCCGGGGAUCCUGACCGACAGACAGCCCCUGCUGCAUGAUGGGGAGUGAAGCAGCCAGGAAGGGGCUCCCCGGAAACUCGAUGGGGCAGCCAGUCCUCCUUCAGAAGCUAUGCUCUGCCGGGGGCUCCCGGCUGGUCUCGGCCACAGAUGUUCUCUGGGCUCCAACUUCUGGCCUGGGUGCUGGCCUGCUGUCCCAGCUGCUUGCUGCUGCCUGCUGUCCUUGGUGGCUCUG